UAAACCUUUAAAACAUUUGAACCACGACGAGAUGUCUGUUACAACAGAACCAAAACUUUCUACAUGUAUAGAACAUGGAACAAAACAAUAUAAUCCGCAACACAAAUAUCGACGCACACAAUUACAACAUGCGCGGACGACGGUAUAUCGUCACCAGCCCCUCUCUUGGCGGCUGUCUUCGAUACAGACACAAUGACAGAAUACUUAUUCAAAUGGCGAAAUUCAAUCGCAAGUUAAGCUUCAUGUUUAUUUGGUGAGAGCAACAAUUACUCAAGUUCUGCUGAGCAUUGCAAGAGUUGAUAGUGAAUUAAUGAGUUUCUUGACGGUUGUCUUCGAUACAAGGUUGAUCGAAUAUAAUGAAGAGGAGUUAUUUCAAACACCUUCUCAUGUUAUAAAGUCAAUAUUUUGGAAAUUACAAAAGUAAGAUUAUAUAUUAUUCAAUGAGUUUCUUGAUGGUUGUUCUUCAAUGUAACAUAUAUUUUAUCUCAAUACAUAUUUCAUAUCACAUGAAAUACUGAAAAGGAUAUCUUGUGUAGAACGACCGUAGAGCAGCAUCCUCCUCCUCAGUCGUACAUUCUUGACAGAAUGCUCGUGGUUGACAAUGAUGCAUUUUCCCUGGAUAUCGUAGCUCUCGCGAUGUGCCUCCACUUGUUGCGGUCUUCACCCGUAACCCUGGGCACGGGUUCCGCGUUAUACCCCGCAGGACUGGGUCCCUGCUGAACUUCGCCAUCUACACACUCCGGCCUACUGAAGUGUAAGAUGCCCACCCCCGCGACAUGGACGCGCCAGACAGGAAUUGCCCAAGUGAAGAGUAGAGAAGGUGACUCUACUCCCCCAGGGCCGAGUUAAUGGGCGUGUAUGAUCCCACACCCAAAGGCUUAACACUACCACUACUACAAAUAUAAAUAAAACAACAUUCAGUUGUUGUAUCUUGUAAAUACUAAUUCUAGAAUACAUUUAUGUACUCGCCAUUGCAGGGCAUUUUAUCUCUAUGAAAUAUAUUUUAUUUAAAAGAUACAUCAACAUUACACAGUUCUCUCCUUACUCGGACAUAUUUUACAUAGUACAAAGUAAGUUUGUGUUAAAACUACUAGAGUAAGUAAGAGUUUAGUACUUUACAUUUUGCGAAAAGAUCGACACAAACAUUUUAUUACAAAAUCAUGACAAAUAUUUUUAUGAAGAAAACUUACUUUCGCAUACAUUUUGACGCAUGUCACACAGAGACAAGACUAAUUUCCAUUAUGUACGUUUAACAAAAAACAAAUGACAUGUCAGUGACGUCGUGAAGGACAGAUACAUUUAUAUUAUUAUUGUUGUCUCUUUUUAAAGGAGAUGUGGAUUACCUUUAAUCUCUAGCGAUGAUUUACAUAACAAUACAAUGAAGUUUCUUGAUAGUUGUCUUCGAUACAACACUUUUACAAUAUUUCAAUCAUGAAAUGAGGGAAAAUACAAUUAACCCUACAAUGUAGAUUAUUUAAAGAGUUUCUUAAUGGUUGUCUUCGACAAAACUCUUAUGUUUAAACAUAAGUGGGAAAUAUUAAAGAGUACUUGUUUGUGAAACUACUAGAAAGCACAUCACAAUCAUCAUUUAACUUCAUAGACUACUCAAUAAGUUUCUUGAUGGUUGUCUUUGAUACAAUUUUGUAUUCGAUACAACUUUAGACAAUAUUCGUAUUCUAUGAACACGAAAGUAACAUUUUGUUUUGUAAUUUGUCGGGAAUAAUCCCGAUUAAAGUCAAUUAAUAUAUUGCUUUACUAAUGAAGAAGUAAACUUGUCUGCUAGCUUCACGAACUAAUGAGUUUCUUGACGGUUGUCUUCGAUAAAAGAUUUAAGAUGCUUUAACAUUAUGUGACUGAUAUAACCUCUUUAUUAUUUAAUUUACGAAUACGAAGUUUGUUAUAAUACUUACGUAUACCAGCGGGAUAUUCAGCAUACAUAAAAUACAAUAUUGUAAUUGAUACGACAAAUAUCGACGCACACAAUCAGAACAAGCGUGAAGCUCAUUCGAUGGCUAUAAGACACAAGACACAGACAGAGGACAUAGUUCAUGGAGUCUGAUUGAGCCAAACUAUUCAUUCUUUGGACAGUCUGUUGUAUAGACUAUGUAAAGAGUUUCUUUCUAUGUUCACAUUUUUAUAAUACAAAAUAGAAAAGUCAUAUAGAAGAACAAUUUAAUUACAAAAUUGCAUAAGAAGUUUCCAGACACGAGUUUCUUGACGGUUGUUCUUCGAUAGAACGUAAUAAUAUUGUAGGAAAUAUUAUUUACGUAGCGUGAAGCUCAUUCGAUGGCUAUAAGUCACAAGACACAGACAGAGGACGAAUUAAGAUAAAUUCGACAAUUAUCCCAUAUUAUUGUAUAUUAUAGAAACAUGAAUAUCUCACUUGAGACUUGUUGAGAUAUGUUUUACAGUACAUAUUAUGAUCACACAGACCCACAGACGUAUCGUUUAAAUUCACAGAUUACAGAUUAGAAAGACAGUGCAGUGAAUAUACCACAACGAAAUGUACAAAGACAAGAUAAUUUGAAUAUAUUUUAAUUAGUGGAGUAUCUUGGUGGCUGUAUUCGAUACAACAUUAGAAAAUGUUCGUGUACGAGUCAUCGUACAUUCUUACGCAAUAACUUAUUAUUGUAAUUUAACUGUGUCACGCCGCAGGUAUUGCUGACAGUGUGAUGUACUUAUGUGACACACUUAUGACGACUUUUGUACAUAACCUGAUUUUAUCUAAUUUUAGUGCUAAUAAAUACGAAAUAACUUAUUAUUGUAAUUAACUGUGCCACGCCGCAGGUAUUGCUGACAGUGUGAUGUACUUAUGUGACACACUUAUGACGACUUUUGUACAUAACAUGAUUUUAUCUAAUUUUAGUGUUAAUAAAUCACUCACUUGUGUCGGUGGUCUUUACAUUUGACUGUUCCCUGAACACACAUCGGGAUCCUACCGACAUCACAUACCAACUACAUACAGCAUCAUAUGUACGAGAGCAUACAGCCCGUACAUUUUGGUCCUUCGAGCCCGUACAUUUUGGUCCUUCGAGGUAACCGCAGUGGUGUUUUGCUUAUACGUAAAAGUAUAUGAAGUGCAAACCCAUUAGAAAACUAUCACUGACAAGGAAGAAAAUACAUUCUCCGGGAAGUGACACUGAACCACGACCGUGUUUGGAAAAACAACUCCACUUCGGAAGAUCCGUACAAGUGACGAACUAACUUCAGUGAUUUCUGCCGUUGACAUCGCACUUUGGUGAUUUACAACCAUCAAGAUGCAAGAACUUAUCGCAAGGCAAAAGGAAAUCAUUGACAACAUCCACAAGAUUCACAGCAAUUUCAACAAGGACUCGGCCAGCAGGAGGACUGAUUCUUACAUCAAGAAACGGAUAAGUAGUCUUGACUCCCUAUGGGCAGAGUUCGACAUAAACCACACACAGCUGCUGCAGUCUGGUGAUGAUUACUCAGGGCAGGAGUACUUUAAGAAGGAUGUCUUCAAGGAUACUCAAAGGCUCUACGAGAGAAUCAAAGGCUUGAUUCAAAAUUUCAACCCUUCAGUGGAAGAGGAACUCAACCCUCCAACUCAAGCAAGACCUGCUCUUAGCGAUUUGAUGAGUGAGCAAAAGACAAACUUUCGAGCCUUGCAAAGGCUCAUCAAUAGCAUUGAUAUUACAAAAAUUGUGGAGAAGUGGGAGCUGGAGGAUGAAUUAAAGCGCCUACAAUCGAGAUGGCGUGACAUUGACAACCUUCACCUUAAGAUUGACAACAUCUCGCAAGGUGAGGAUGAAACUUACGAACAAGAAUUUUCUGUGUACGAGAAAAAAUACAAAGAUACGAGAAGAGUCUUAAAUCGAAAGAUAUCUUCAACUGCACAUCAGUACGAGGCGACCCCUAAGAUGGACGUACCUACGUUUCAUGGUGACUACGUUCAGUGGCCAACAUUCUUGGAUCUGUACAAGAGUAGCAUCCAUGAUAACCCCACGUUAACUAACGCACAAAAAAUGCAACAUUUGAAAGGGAAGUUAAAGGGUGAAGCUCAUCGUCUUAUUCAACAUCUGAACGUGUCGUCGGACAACUACGAGACCGCUUGGAAUCUGUUAUUUCAUCGCUAUAAUAACCUACAAGUGUUAUUCACUAAGCACAUUGAAUUAUUUCUCAAUCAGCGCACUAUUGAGAAGCAAACUUCUAAUGAGAUCAAGCGAAUCUAUGAUACAACGAUGGAAAGUAUUCACGCGAUACACAAUUUGGGAGUAGAUACGACUACUUGGGACCCUAUCCUCGUGCAUUUGUUGGUGAAGAAACUGGACCCAGAAACAAGAACGGACUACAUGGAAUCACGGAAGACACCACGGGAACUUCCAGAGUUUGAGGAACUUAUGGCGUUCCUUGAGGGAAAGUUUACAGCACUUGAACCCGUUGGCAAAAGGGAGAAAGAUUGGUCAUCAACAAACAACAAAGGAAAUUCGUCUUUCAGUGCUGGAAAUAAGACAAAGUUCGUACACGCUGCGUCAACAACAAUGAAUUGUUGCAUCUGCAAUAGUGCAAAUCACGCAUUAUACCACUGCAGGAACUUUGUAACUAUGUCACCAGAGCAAAAAUUGAAAAUAGUUACGAAACAUCGACUCUGCAGUAAUUGUUUGUAUGUUCAUGACAAACGCGGUUGCAAUUCUAUGAAAACUUGUAGAAUAUGCAAUAAGAAACAUCAUUCGUUAUUGCACGACUCGUAUCAUGAACCCGACGCAACAGGAGGUCAUACAACAGUUAAAUCAUCGCGUCAAAAUAGCUCGAAUAACAUAACCAGCGAUGACGACGAGAUUCUCUUGACAACAGUACAGAUACGCGUACGAGCUAUUGACGACACAUACAUGACGUUUAGAGCACUGUUAGAUCAGGGUUCACAAGUAACCCUCAUCACUGAAAACGUCGCGCAACGCCUAGGAUUACCCCGCCGCCAGUUGAACGCUUCAGUAACGGGCGUGGGCGCCUCGAUGAAGAGAAGCAAGGGCAUAGUCAAACUCGACUGCACGUCAAUUCACGGUGACUACGCGUUCUCGGCUGAAGCUUUGGUUCUACCAAAACUACUGAACAGCUUGCCACACAAUACACUUGAAAGGAAACAAUAUCCUCACAUUCAACACAUUCAACUCGCUGAUCCUGAUUAUUACAUUUCAAAACAAAUUGACAUUCUACUGGAUGCCAAAGUUUACUCGGAAAUUAUCAUGAGCGGUUUGAUCAAAGGAUCGGAGACAGAACCCAUCGCCCAACAAACAAAAUUAGGUUGGAUUUUAUCCGGACGAGUGCAAACAUUCCACUGCAAUGUAGUACUCAAUGGGAUUGAAGACAUUGCGAAUUAUUGGGAGAUGGAAGAAAUCUCAACGGACUCAAAUACGAUGACGAAACAGGAACAAUUCUGUGAGGAACUGUAUGCACAAACAACUAGGAGAUUACCAGACGGGAGAUACGAAGUACGCUUGCCGAUGAAAGAGGGUUUCGAAAAACAUCUAGGACAUUCUAAAGCACGAGCAGUGGCCCAGUUUAAACAAUUGGAAAAUCGCCUACUCAUGAAUGACAAGCUGAGUCAUAAUUAUCAAGAAUUUAUACACGAGUACGAAAAACUGGGACACAUGAAAGAAUGCUACGAACGCAAAGAGCCUGCGUGUUAUUUACCACAUCAUGGCGUAAUCAAAGAAUCUUCUACAACUACAAAGUUACGUGUGGUGUUUAACGCAUCUUCUAAAACAUCUACGGGAAGUAGUUUGAACGAUUUGAUGGAAUGCGGUCCUAAAUUACAACAGGAUAUUCAAGAACUACUACUCAGAUGGCGCACUUAUGAAUUCGUGUACACAGCUGAUUGUGAGAAGAUGUAUCGGUGUAUUCUUCUCCAAUCGGAUCAACAACAGCUUCAGAAGAUCGUAUGGCGAGAUAACCCGCAACAUUUUUUGAAAGAAUACAAACUUUGCACUGUUACCUACGGCAUGAAAGCCGCACCCUUCUUAGCUAUGCGCACAAUGCAACAACUUGCAAGUGACGACCAACAUAAAUACCCCUUGGCAGCUGAAGUGCUUAAAAAUGACUUCUACGUCGACGACCUACUUAGUGGAAGUCAUACCAUCGAACAAGCACGAGAAAUCCAACACCAGCUGAUCGAGAUGCUGAAAGGCGCAAAAAUUAACCUAAGAAAAUGGUGUAGUAACAGCUGUGAAUUAUUAUCAUCGUUGUCGAAUGAGCACAUUAAUCCGUCUACAAUUGACUUCAAAAAUGCUAACUCGACAAACGCGCUCGGAUUACAGUGGAACCCGGCUACGGAUAUGUUUACAUUUCAUCGAUUUGAAGAAUCCAACAAAAACUGCACGAAACGAAUUAUGCUAUCAAAUAUUUCCAAAAUAUUUGACCCGCUAGGUUGGCUUUCCCCACUUACGAUAAGAGCCAAAUUACUGUUCCAAAAAAUCUGGAUGGUGGAUAUGGAGUGGGAUGACAUGGUCCCGGAGGACAUUCGUGAAGAAUGGACCAAAUUGUUAGGUGAUUUAAAGAACAUCGACAAGAUUACCAUCCCACGAUGGACCGGAAAUCUACACUCAACGCUAGAACUACACGGAUUCUGUGAUGCGUCUGAAAGAGCGUUUGCUGCAGUUAUAUACCUCAAGUCAGUCAACGCUAAAGGACACUCCAUCGUAAGAAUGAUGGCAUCCAAGACAAAACUCGCACCACGCAAAAAUACAAUGACGUUGCCACGAUUAGAGCUGUGUGGUGCACGGCUACUAUCUAAAUUGUUAGAAAAGGUGAUAAAAGCUUUGAAACAGACUGACGUUCAAAUAUACUGCUGGACCGAUUCCUUAGUUGUACUAGGAUGGCUCCAAGGAAAUCCCGCUCGCUGGAAGGCUUUCGUAGCGAAUCGGACGAAGGAGAUCCUUGACAUUGUACCGUCAUCGUGCUGGCGACAUGUAAGCUCAAGUGAUAACGCAGCUGAUUGCGCAACUAGAGGUCUCACAAUAUCACAGUUGUUACAACAUACACUAUGGUGGGAAGGCCCUGCGUGGAUCAAAGAUGACAUCCCUAGUGAAGUCAUGAAAUUUGACCUCCCUCAAAUGGAGGUGAAAAGGAAUGUACACACACAUACAGCUCAAAGAUCAGACUCGAUCAUUGAAGAUAUAUUGAACAAACACAGUUCAAUAACCUAUGUCGUGCGAGUUAUAGCGCGCGUGUUACGUUUCAUAACAAACGUACAUCACCGCGUGGUGACACACUCGUCGUCGUCAAGUAUGAAACAUAAUACGCUGGGAAUUGCUUACGAUGCACCUGAUCGUGCGCCGUAUUUAACUGCCAUUGACAUUGAAAAAGCUUAUGAAGUGAUUAUCAAAGCAGUUCAGGCUACAGAAUUUCAAGUUGAAAUUCUACGACUCAGACAAGGAAGUACAUUGACUUCAAAGAGUAAUCUACUGCCACUGGAUCCAUAUUUGGAUAAUAAGAAUAUUCUGAGAGUAGGUGGAAGACUUCAACACUCAAAACUAAAAGAACACUCAAAGCAUCCGAUGAUUAUUCCGAAAGAUACACAUUUUACAGGACUAAUCAUCCAGCACGCACAUCUCCAAACUCUACACGGUGGACCGAGUCUUACCUUGGCAUAUCUAAGACAACGAUACUGGAUACUCGGUGGGAUUCGGACCAUUAAGAAAUACCUAAGAAAUUGUGUGAGAUGUGUACGGUUCAAUCGCCACAAUCAUCAUCAGAAGAUGGCCGAGUUACCGGAGCCACGAGUGACACCGUCUAGGCCAUUUACUCACACUGGCGUGGACUUCACAGGUCAAGUGGAGCUGAAGGCAAACAAAGGACGUGGGAUAAAAACGACCCGAGGAUAUAUCGCGGUAUUCGUAUGUUUUGCUACAAAAGCGAUUCACCUCGAACUUGUGUCCGACUUGAGUACACCGGCGUUUUUAGCAGCCUUUAAGCGAAUGUGCGCUAGAAGAGGAACACCUAAACACAUGUAUAGCGAUAAUGGCACUAAUUUCGUAGGAGCCUCACGUCUCCUCAGAAAAGAAUAUAAAGAAGUAUUAGAGGUGAUAAACCAAGACUGGUUAUCCUAUGUUGCGGAAAUGGGCGUUACAUGGCAUCUUAACGCGCCUGCGUGGCCCAGCGCUGGAGGCCUUUGGGAAGCUGCGGUCAAAAGCACAAAACACCACUUGAAACGGGUUCUAGGCGAGCAAAAACUAACUUUCGAAGAGUUUACUACACUCCUUGCUCAAAUAGAAGCGUGCCUGAAUUCUCGACCACUUUGUGCACUGACAGAGGAUGCAGAAGAUCAUUACUUAACGCCGGGACAUUUUCUGACAGGAGGACCUCUGUUGUCUCCUCCAAUGACGGAUCUUGAUCCGAGAUGCAUUAGAACUCGAUGGCAACUUACAGAGAAAAUGCAUCGGGAUUUCUGGCGAAAAUGGUCUGCCGAUUACCUUCAGCAUCUACAAACGAGAGCUAAAUGGCAUCAUUCGAAGGAAAACUUGAAAAUUGAUGACGUCGUUCUGAUACGAGAGGAUAAUAUGCCACCAACCAAAUGGGCAUUGGGUCGCGUGAAAGAGGUACAUCCUGGACUGGAUGGUCACGUACGAGUCGCUACUUUGAAGACUAAGAGUGGUGAAACUAAGCGACCAAUCAUCAAGUUGAUCCCGUUACCUGUACACACGAAGAAGGACAAUCCUGAUACCAGUACAGAAGACGAAAGAGAUGACCCGUUAUCCAACAAAGAGGACUAACUUAGGACGACGCACUCAAUCAAACGUGGACAUCGCGACAUCUCCUGGACUUCCUAGAGCCAUCAAAUUUAACCUAAGCGCUAGUACUAGCAACUUGUCAAAUUAAUAACUUUAAAUUAUGUUACUUAUGUCACUUUACUAUAACUUGUACCUUCAUUUAUUUAUCUACUUUCGAUUUAUAUACAUUUUAAUUGUACUUUCUCUGUUUAGUGGGAAAUAUGUACGAGUCAUCGUACAUUCUUACGCAAUAACUUAUUAUUGUAAUUUAACUGUGUCACGCCGCAGGUAUUGCUGACAGUGUGAUGUACUUAUGUGACACACUUAUGACGACUUUUGUACAUAACCUGAUUUUAUCUAAUUUUAGUGCUAAUAAAUACGAAAUAACUUAUUAUUGUAAUUAACUGUGCCACGCCGCAGGUAUUGCUGACAGUGUGAUGUACUUAUGUGGCACACUUAUGAAGACUUUUAUACAUAACAUGAUUUUAUCUAAUCUUAGUGUUAAUAAAUCACUCACUUGUGUCGGUGGUCUUUACAUUUGACUGUUCCCUGAACACACAUCGGGAUCCUACCGACAUCACAUACCAACUACAUACAGCAUCAUAUGUACGAGAGCAUACAGCCCGUACAAUUAUAAUGGGGUUUCUUGCUGGUUGUAGUCGAUACAACUUCGAAAAACUUUCGCAUUAUGUAAAUACGAAGAAACAUUGAUUAGUACCAUGGAGUAUCUACGUGAAACGAUCGCUAUAACGUUCUUGGAAGCGAAACAACAGUAUGCAGGAGCUUGUGGACAGCUCCUGUAUGGAGAAAUACUUUUAAGUAUAUUAAUAUUGGAAGUCAAAAAGUUACACUAGUAUUAAAUUAUAUUUGGCACUAAGUUAUAUGAACGAUCACACGACAAAUAUCGACGCACACAAUUAGAACACGCGCGGUACUACAAACCACUCAGAUAUACUGACUCGGUACAAACAUACGAAUGUACGUUGCACAUGCUAUGUCGGAUACUGCAUAACAUUAAUUACAAUAUACAAUUUAAUUUAGUUUCUUGAUGGUUGUCUUUCUUACGCACUUCAUAAACAUUUUGAAAUCGUAGUUGUAUGAGGCGACAAGCUACAUACCAGGUAUAGUGGCUAGGUAAGGCGCCUCGUGAGACGUGGAACACUCGAAGCAUAACUGGACAUAAAGUACUGUGUCUUUAGGACAACAUUUACUUUAACAGACAAAGAAAUACAAAGCGCAUACUGAGAUCUUGGAAAUCAUCAGAAUUAUAUGUGAAUUGUUUAGUACAUGACUAUCUAAUGAGUUUCUUGACGGUUGUCCUUCACAGAACUCUUUUACGACAUUUCAGUCACGACAUGUGUAGGAAAUAUUUAUAAUAUAGUAAUAUCGAUGUACACAAUUAGAACAAGCACGAAUCAUCGGUUGUAGUUUCUUCAUAAUUGUUCUUCAAUACAACUUUUAGACAAUAUUUUGAUCAUUAAAUAUGUUAGAAAUACAUGUGUGGCCUUCUUAUUAACCCUUGGAGAACAUUACAACACCACAUUUCUAAGACAAUAGAGUUUCUUGACAGUUGUUCCUCGAUAGAACUCAAUGUAGACUCGCUUCUAAACGCUUCAAAUACAUUAAACUUUCAAUAUUUAGUACAUAUCUAUGCAUAUUUAAAUGUUGAAAAGGAUAUCUUGUGUAGAACGACCGUAGAGCAGCAUCCUCCUCCUCAGUCGUACAUUCUUGACAGAAUUCUCGUGGUUGACAAUGAUGCAUUUCCCUGAAUAUCGUAGCUCUCGCGAUGUGCCUCCACUUGUUGAAGUCUUCACCCGUAACCCUGGGCACGGGUUCCGCGUUAUACCCCGCAGGACUGGGUCCCUGCUGAACUUCGCCAUCUACACACUCCGGCCUACUGAAGUGUAAGAUGCCCACCCCCGCGACAUGGACGCGCCAGACAGGAAUUGCCCAAGUGAAGAGUAGAGAAGGUGACUCUACUCCCCCAGGGCCGAGUUAAUGGGCGUGUAUGAUCCCACACCCAAAGGCUUAACACUACCACUACUACAAAUAUAAAUAAAACAACAUUCAGUUGUUGUAUCUUGUAAAUACUAAUUCUAGAAUACAUUUAUGUACUCGCCAUUACAGGGCAUUUUGUCUGUAUGAAACAAAUUUUAUUUAAAAGAUACAUCAACAUUACACAGUUCUCUCCUCACUCGGACAUAUUUUACAUAGUACAAAGUAAGUUUGUGUUAAAACUACUAGAGUACAUUAGUACUUUACAUUUUGCGAAAAGAUCGACACAAACACUUUAUUAAAAAAUCCUGACAAAUAUUUUUAUGAAGAAAACUUACUUUUCCAUACAUUUUGACGCAUGUCACACAGAGACAAGACUAAUUUCCAUUAUGUACGUUUAACUAAAAACAAAUGACAUGUUAAUGAUGUCAUGCAUACAAUGACAAGGACAGAAACAUUUAUAUUAUUGUUGUCUCUUUCUAAAUUCCUCUUAUGUUCGUCGGUACAAUAAUUAUUUUAUAAUGUAGAUUAUUUAAAGAGUUUCUUAAUGGUUGUCUUCAACACAAUUCUUAUGUUUUAAACAUAAGUGGGAAAUAUGUAUUAAAGAGUAGUUGUUUGUGAGACUACAAACUACUUGGAAAUACUGAGUUAUAUAAUGUGGAAGUACCACAUAGAACGACAAAUUGUUUUUAAAUAUCACGUCGUUUACAAAGACGAAAUAUACAGUCAAGUACCUAAUAAUUUGUCAACACACGACACAGUGGACAUUGACUCGGACGCAUCCGAAGAGUUUGAGUUAUUUUUAAUAUAAUUUCAAGCGUCAAAUAACAACUAGAGAACUAGCAAUAUAAUGCAAUGAGCGCUACAACGUGGCAUCACAAUGAAGGCGAUUCUAACUUGACGCCCGUCUUUAAUACAACUUUAUAAAUUUACCUUCUAUUUCAAACAUUAUUCAAAUCCAUUCUACAAAGUGUUUCUUGACGGUUGUCUUCGAUACAACUUUAAUUCUCGUAUUAGUUAAAUACGUGAAACAUUAUUUAGCAAAUUCAUAUAUUAUUUUAAGUCAAUAAUGUGAAUGUGUUAACACACUCAUUAAAACAUUGAGCACAGAUUAGAAAAACAGUGCAGUGAAUGCACCAUAAUGUUCUAAGAGUCAUUUUGAGUAUAUUUUGAUUAGUGGAGUUUCUUGGUGGUUGUAUUCGAUACAACAUUAGAAAAUGUUCGUAUUACAUGAAUACGAAGGAAACAUUUGUUAGUAGUCCUUUAUUAUACUACCAACUAUUCGGAUAUAGGAACAUAAUUAUCAACAUGCCACAUUCCACGAAUUCUCAAACUUCAGUAAGAAAUUUACAGCGUAGAUUAUUUAAAGAGUUUCUUGAUGGUUGUCUUUGACACAAUUCUUAUGUUUUAAACAUAAGUGGGAAAUAUUGAAGAGUAGUUGUUUGUGAGACUACAAACUACUUGGAAAUACUGAGUUAUACAAUAUGGAAUUGCCACAUAGAACGACUAAUAGUUCCGUAGCCCAUAAGAAUAGGUUACUCAUCAGACGAUACCCUGAACUGUGUAGACCGUAAGCUGGAGGGAAGACGACUAUUGAGGCACACUUUAGUAGAAUGAACGAGUUUCUUGACGGUUGUCUUCGAUACAAACUUACAGACUCACUGAGCGUAACAGUUUCAUUACACGAACUGCACAAAUUUUGGAAAUGAUCAUAAAUAUUAGUGUUCCAUCUCUUUUGUAUGAAUAAAGAGCCCAUAGAGAAGAAUCAUUUAAUGAAUCAGAAUAUAAUUCAUGCGACCAGCACCCAAGAAAAUGACAAUAUUUAGGUACUCCAGUUGACGAGAACUAGUUUCUUGACGGUUGUCUUCGAUACAACUUGUAAAGUUUCGUAUUAUUUAAAUACGUAGGAAACAUUUGAGACUGCAAACUAAUUGCAGGUACUGACUAGGUCAUGUCAGUCUGAA